CGAUACUAAAUAUUUUCUAAAUCCUAGAUCCUGCAUUUAUCAGUAGAUGGCAGUACUGCACCGGCUUUUUUUUUUUCAAUCCCCGGAAAAAAACACAGGCUAGAUCCCAAAUGGCUCCAUACUGUAGAUAAAGUGGACUGGUGAGUGUAAAAGUCACCAUUCCGGAUGUAGUGCAUUUAUUUAGGGCGGUAGGGAGCAGUUUGGGAUUCAGCCGCGGACUGCCUGCUACGUUGGAAGUUAGGUUUUGUUGUUGUUGUUGUUGUUUUACUUGCGCUUUGUUUCUUUAAAGUUUUAAGUGUUUUGGUUUUACUUGGAGGACUGAGGUCUGGUCAAAUUGCCGCUGAGCAAACAUCACACACUGAGCAACUUCACUUAUCCAAGCCUUGUGGAGUUCCGGUUUCCUCGAGUGCCAUCUGCAUGACUUCCGCUUCUGUCCUCAACAGUGUUCAUAGUUAUUACACGUGACGGGGAAUAAACUGAGGUUAAUAAUUACGGAAGAGAAAACGCUAGUUGUUUUAGUAGUUUAGGCUGUAAAAUGGCGAGGUUUUUGGUCAUGGUGGUGUUUAUUUUAUCUACACUGACUCUUGAGAGAGUGUGUGCUGUGUCAGAGACGGUGUCGAGCGUGUGGCAGAGUGCACACUCCGCUGUUAAGAGCCUGGGGGAUGAUGCUCACUCCUAUCUGGUUUCUCUCCUCGGGAAACAGACAGUCGACACACUGCUAAAGACUAUAGAGGAUGCCAUAAAAUUGACAUCACAGACCGCAGCUCAUGCUCUGAAUGUAGCAGCAGCGUACAUCACAGAUUUUCUGGGUGGUGCCGGAAUUGAUGCCAAACUGCCUGUGAAGCGCUUCACCCCUGAAGGUGUGGUCUUCGUGGCACAGUGGGCCUUGCUGGCUGUGCUUGGAUACUGGCUGCUGUCUUUGGCAGUUUGUCUGCUUGCAAGUGUUGUUAGACGAACUUUGUUUCUGCUAAAAGUCGCCUUUGCCAUUGCCACCUUCGGGCUGAUUGUGAGUGAUAGUGGAGCCAGUGCAGAAACCACAGCGAUGAGACUAGCUGGACUGGUGUUCGCUUGUGUCCUGCUGGGCAUCGGACCUUCGUUCUUCAGGGGAGAUGCCAAUGCCCACCUGGAGCAAAAAGUCCAUGUGCUGGAGAGACGGCUGAGAGAGAUGGAGAGGAAGAGAAAAGAAGAAUGAGAGCCAAUAAACUUCAAUAAAGGAUGGCGCUAGAGUUAACCUGGGCCUGCUAGCCCUAAGGAACAGGGAUUUUAAAUCUGUGUUGGCUGAAUGAAUGUGAGCAUGUCAUUGACUCAGUCGUGUGUUAGUCUUUCUGAGUGAAGUUUUUCUCCAUGCAUGGAGUGACUGACAUGUUGGAGCAAAAAAAACACAAAACCUCUAAAGUUACUCUCUAAUUAUGUUGUAAAACACUGAUUUAAGGAUGGAAGUUGGACUCAUUUUUUUUAUUAUUAGGUAAAUAUUUAUCCAGUUUCCUGUACAUUCUGACAAAUGGAGUACUUGGAGCGCAUUGUGGUUUGAAUAGAUCUAUUUAUGUCUUA